UUAUUUUGUUUUUAGUUUUUAAAAGUAAGGUAUGUGUGAUAGGUAAUGGCUAAUACAGGCUUCCACAUCUCAUUAUAUGCAACAUUUCUAUUGAUCUUCGUUACUUUACUUCAAACCAACUGUGAGGAAAAAUGUUUUUGUCAGUUAAGUGGUCAAAUCGAUGAUUGCUUCUGUGAUAUUGAAACAUUGGAGAAAUUUAACAAUGAACAAGUUUUCCCGCUGGUAUCGCAACUUGUGAAGAGAGAUUUCUUCCGGUAUUAUAAAGUGAACAUGUUCAAGCCAUGCAAUUACUUUGAUGGUGAUAUUGGUUUCUGUGAAAGUGAAUCAUGUGGUGUCAAGCCAUGCUCUGAGGAGGAUUUGCCUGUUGGAUUAAGAAAUGGAAACUUUAACAAACAUACACCUGAUACUGAGGACGUGGAAUGUAACAAACCAAAGAAAUCUAUCAGUGAUAUUAAUGGAACACUAAGCAAUGUCACAAUAGAUUUCCUGGAUAGAUGGGAUAAACAUGAUGAUACAGUUCACCAAUUCUGUGAUAUCGAUGACGAAAGUUCCAUUGAGUUACAAUACAUUGACUUGAUUGCCAACCCUGAAAGAUACACAGGAUAUAAAGGACCAAUGGCUUGGAGAAUAUGGAGAGCUAUCUAUGAGGAGAAUUGCUUUAUACCUGAAACAAUGUCUCAGAAUGUGAAUCCAUUCAAACGAAUUCCUCAAGCCACAGCUGAAGAAAAUGAUGGAAAACGUCUAAAGUUUUCGCAUUCCGAUCUUCAAGGAAUGUGCCUUGAAAAGCGAGUUUUUUAUCGCGUUAUAUCGGGACUUCACACCAGUAUCAACACGCACUUGUCUGCAAAAUAUCUGUUUGAAGAUGGCUGGGGUGAACGGAGAUGGGAAGCUAACUUAGCUGAGUUUCAAAGAAGGUUUGACAAAGAUGUUACUAAGGGAGAGGGAACAGCAAGGCUGAAGAACCUUUAUUUUAUUUACCUGCUUGAAUUGAGAGCAUUAUCCAAAGCUGCUGAAUAUUUCAAUCGUGGUAAUGUCGUCCUUUUUACUGGCCGAGAUAAAGAAGAUGUGAAAACCAAAGAAAUGCUCACACAACUACUUGAUCUUACCAAAAAAUUCCCGAUGCACUUUGAUGAGGGGGUCAUGUUCCAAGACAAGAAUUCCCGAGGUCUCAAACGUGAAUUCGUUCAAAGAUUUUUAAACGUGACUCGAAUUAUCGACUGUGUGACGUGUGAGAAGUGCAGGUUAUGGGGAAAGCUACAGACGCAAGGAUUAGGAACAGCGCUGAAAGUUUUGUUCUCUGCCAAAGAAAUGAAUGGAAAAAGUGAUUCACCCUUUCAACUUAUAAGACAAGAAGUUGUGUCAUUGAUCAAUGCGUUUGCAAGGUUGUCAGAAAGUAUAAAGUCACUGGAGAUGUUUCGGGCGAUGAUAAAAGAUACAAGAAACAACGGAAAAGAAGAAUUGUGAUCCUAACUCCUUUAAAUUAUUCUAUUUAUAGAUGUCAAAAUUUUAUGGGAACAUAGGAAAGCAUUGGCUAUCAAAUUGUGCAAUAGGUUACGUACAGAAGCCGUUUUUAAAGUUUAUUUAUUUUUUAUACAAUGUUUGUGGAAUCCGCAAUAUUCUGACGUAGCUGCUUGCCUCACAACGAUGAAUUGUCCUUGUUCCACACAACUCUCUGUAUAGUUAAGUGUAAAUGGUUAUGGUAUGCAGUAUUAGGUGGUGAUUACGGAGGAGUAGAUGGUGGUCAUAUAAGAUUUUUUCUGUAAAACUAGAGACUGACUGUUUUGUUUUGCAUUACCAAGAUUGAGUGACGUAAUUUACCUAAUAUUUGUUUAAGUUUGGUGGCAAAAUAGUGUAAGUGAACAUUUUUCAUUUACCUAAAAUUUGUUGAGUUCAAUUUGAUAGGUGGCAGAAUAUUGAAUAUUAUAAGUGAAGAUGAUUCAAAACCAGUUUUAUUGUAACAGUAUAGGGUAAUUUGAUAUAUUUUUUUGCGUUGUUUGGUGUUUGUUUUGCACAGCAUCUUAGUAGAUUGCUCACAGCAGACUGAUGUUUAUUUGCAUUGGUUAUGGUAACAAUAAAACUUGAAUAAAAUA